AUGGGGGACCCUCGCGAGUCGUCGUCGUACUCGGUCGUGCCGCGAAUCCGAUACAACACUGUUGGCGGUGUCAACGGCCCGCUGGUCAUUCUUGAGAAUGUCAAAUUCCCGAGAUAUAACGAGAUUGUGUCGCUGACACUCCCUGAUGGAUCUGUGCGAUCUGGUCAGGUUUUGGAGGCUCGAGGUGAUCGAGCUGUCGUCCAGGUUUUUGAGGGUACUUCUGGUGUUGAUGUUAAGAAAACACGAGUUGAGUUCACUGGCCAGAGCUUGAAGCUUGGUGUCUCUGAGGAUAUGCUUGGUCGUAUCUUUGACGGAUCCGGACGUGCCAUUGAUAAAGGACCCAAAGUCUUGGCCGAAGAAUACCUCGACAUUAACGGAAGUCCCAUCAACCCAUACUCGAGAGAAUAUCCCGAGGAAAUGAUCUCUACCGGUAUCUCUGCCAUUGAUACGAUGAACUCGAUUGCCCGAGGCCAAAAGAUUCCUAUCUUCUCCGCAUCCGGUCUGCCACACAACGAGAUUGCCGCCCAGAUCUGUCGACAAGCCGGUCUGGUAAAGCAGCACGGCGUGACCAACAAGGGUGUUCACGACGCUCACGAAGAAAACUUCUCUAUUGUUUUUGGUGCCAUGGGUGUCAACUUGGAAACCGCUCGAUUUUUCACACGCGACUUCGAGGAGAAUGGCAGCUUGGAACGCACCACUUUGUUCCUUAACCUUGCAAACGAUCCUACUAUUGAACGUAUCAUUACACCUCGUCUUGCUCUUACGACAGCCGAAUACUACGCCUACCAACUCGAGAAGCACGUCCUCGUCAUCUUGACGGAUUUGUCUGCAUACUGCGAUGCCCUCCGCGAGGUUUCAGCCGCUAGAGAAGAAGUUCCAGGGCGACGUGGUUUCCCCGGUUACAUGUACACUGAUUUGUCCACCAUUUACGAACGUGCCGGCCGUGUUGAGGGACGUAAUGGCUCCAUUACUCAGAUUCCUAUUCUGACCAUGCCCAACGACGAUAUCACUCACCCUAUUCCUGAUUUGACGGGAUAUAUUACCGAGGGCCAGAUUUUCGUUGACCGUCCUUUGCACAACCGUGGUAUCUACCCGCCUAUCAACGUGCUCCCGUCGCUGUCUCGUCUGAUGAAGUCGGCUAUUGGUGAGGGCAUGACUCGCCGUGAUCACGGUGAUGUGUCCAAUCAGCUGUAUGCCAAGUAUGCCAUUGGCCGUGAUGCUGCUGCCAUGAAGGCAGUCGUUGGUGAAGAAGCGUUGUCUGCCGAAGACAAGCUGUCUCUGGAGUUCUUGGAGAAGUUUGAGCGUCAGUUUAUCAGUCAAGGAGCCUACGAGUCACGCACUAUUUUCGAGUCGUUGGAUCUCGCAUGGAGCUUGCUGCGUAUCUACCCCAAGGAUCUCCUGAACCGAAUCCCGGCCAAGGUGUUGAACGAGUUCUACCAGCGUGCACAGAAAGAUGCCAAGUCAAAGGGCAAGGCUCGAGAGGAUGUGGCGACAAAGGACCAGCAACAGAGGGAGGAGAACUUGAUUGACGCAUAG